AUGGCGGAGGAACUAAAUGUUGAUAGUCUUAUUCACAGACUUUUAGAAGUUCGAGGAUGCCGCCCAGGGAAAACAGUGCAGAUGUCAGAAUCUGAGGUACGGGGAUUAUGCACCAAGUCCAGAGAAAUAUUCCUACAACAACCAAUACUUUUGGAAUUGGAAGCACCACUCAAAAUUUGUGGUGAUAUCCAUGGACAAUACACAGAUCUGUUGCGUCUGUUUGAAGAAUUUUUUUUACUGCGCGGUAACCAUGAGUGCGCGAGCAUAAAUCGUAUUUAUGGAUUUUAUGAUGAAUGCAAGCGCCGGUACAAUAUAAAACUGUGGAAGACAUUCACAGACUGCUUCAACUGUCUACCUAUUGCUGCUAUUAUUGAUGAGAAGAUAUUCUGCUGUCAUGGUGGACUUUCACCAGACCUUCAGGGCAUGGAGCAGAUCAGACGGAUUAUGAGACCCACAGAUGUGCCUGAUACUGGAUUACUUUGUGACUUGCUGUGGUCAGAUCCCGAUAAGGAUGUGCAAGGGUGGGGUGAGAAUGACCGCGGUGUAUCAUUCACAUUUGGUCCAGAUGUUGUCAGCAAAUUCCUCAACAGACAUGAUUUGGACUUGAUCUGUAGAGCUCAUCAGGUGGUUGAAGAUGGCUAUGAAUUCUUUGCCAAACGACAAUUAGUAACACUCUUCUCAGCUCCUAACUAUUGUGGUGAAUUUGACAAUGCUGGUGGUAUGAUGUCUGUGGACGAGACACUUAUGUGCUCUUUUCAGAUACUGAAACCAUCUGAGAAGAAAGCUAAAUAUCAGUACAAUGGCAUCAACAGCGGGAGGCCGGCCACGCCUCAGCGGUCGCCGCCCAAAAAGAAAUAA